UUUUUCAAGAGGGGGUGGAGUUAGGGAGGAGCAAUUAUAAGUAGUUUGGUCAGAGGCACUGAGAGAGGGUAAUAUUAGGAAACGAACUUGAGGAAGUUGAACAGUUCGUGUCCAAAGAAAUCUCCUGCAUCAUGAGCUCCGAAUCUGGACAAACUAUAACCGUGAAGACGGGUGAAGCGGUAGCUGCUGCUGACACUGUUGCUGCUCCAAAGAAAGGGGAGUGGAAGUGCCCCCUGAGUGAUCAUCAUGUCCACAGAGAAGAUGUGAGAAAGAUUUGGAAAGAGUGCCAAGAGGAAAGCUUCUGGUACAGAGCCCUUCCCCUCUCAAUGGGUAGCAUGGCUGUCACCGGUGGUCUUAUCUACAAUGGUGUUUGGCAAUCGUCAAAGAAAUUUGGACCAUUUCCAAAACUCUUAGUUGCUGGGAUCCUUGGUUUCGCAGUGGGAAAAGCAUCUUAUGUUGGGACCUGCCGAAGCAAAUUCCAGGAGGUUGGCUUUGAAGGUGGACCGAGAUCUGGACCCUGGUCUAAGGAAGGUUCCUUUGGACCUUUCAAUAAAUUGGGUCAUGGACACAGAUCUUGCCACCAUGUGUGUGAAGAAUGUAAGAAGGCGACUCCAGCUGCACCUGCAGAACAAGUGAAAAGCUAGAGGUGAACAAAGAAAAAAUACUUUGUGCCCAGUCUAGAAUCGUCGACUGACUGCUAGUGUGGAUAUAUCAGUUGUAGCUUUUUUUGUUUCUUAAGUGACUUGAAUACAGCAUAAUUUUGCCGACUGUACGUUUUAUAUGCUGCACAUCAUUAUUCAUUCAGGAGAAACCUGACACAAAAUUGCCACUAGGGGUAGCUGUCAUGCUUUCAGUCAUAGAUCCUGUGUAAUGUAUUUCAUCUGACCAUAUACCACUUUAUUAUAGCGGGUGCCUUAAUCAGAUCGCAUCAGUCAUUUGAUUUCAUUAUCAGCUUCAAUAUGCUUUUGCAACAACUAUCUAACAGAAUAAAUACUCCAUACAA